UAAUGCCAUUGUUUUAUUCUUUUUUAAGGAAGAAGCAGAUCUUUCAGAUGUAUCAUUAGGCCCCAACCCUCUGCCAGAGUUAGCACACUUGGUGAUAGGCAUAGAGUCUGUGAGCCACCAGCACGAUGACUUUGUCACAUCUUGUGUGCUCAACAUGAUGAUGGGAGGUGGCGGCAGCUUCAGUGCAGGUGGCCCAGGCAAGGGCAUGUAUACCCGCUUGUACACCAAUGUCCUUAACAGAUAUCAUUGGAUGCACAAUGCUACUGCUUAUAAUCAUGCAUAUAGUGACAGUGGUGUGUUUUGCAUUCAUGCCUCUGCUCACCCCUCACACCUUGGAGAACUCACACAAGUUCUUACUAGAGAGUUUGCUGCUAUGGCUGGGUAUACAAGUAAGGAAGAACUCGAGGUCAGUAAAAAGCCCUCUCAAAAAGCCAAGCCGGGGCUGAUAUAG